AUGGUGAAUUCAGGGCACUGCCGCAACGCACCUGCUGCCCAUGUAGGUCACGUGCUCGCAGAAGUGCGCAACGCCGCGCUGGUGGUCGAGCUCGUCCGCAGAGCCGCUCAUCACCUCCAGGUACGCCUCGAGCCUCUCGCAGUGGUUCGCGUUCGGGAGCAGCGUGUACUCCAGGCCGUUGGGCAGCCGCCCGCGCACCACUUGCGGGUUCUCCGGCAGGGGCCACUGUGCAACAUCCCUCGAGAAGCUGGAGAUUAUGACGUCGGCACCGGCGCGCCUCAGACUACGGAUGGCCUCGAGCGCAGCCGCACGCUCGUCGAACACGCCCGCAGCGGCCGCGGCCUUCAGCGCCCGGUAUUCACCGGUCGUGUGGACCGCCACUAUUGGGCUUCGGAGCCUGUCCUUGAGGUUCCGUAUAACGUCCAGGAAGCCGGUGGCGGGCUCCACGGCGACGAAAUAGCUCUCCGGGCGCACGUUCUCCGACGGGGUCAUUCCGAGCAGCUUGCGCUGCUGUUCCAUGAGCACGGAGUUGAACUUGGCGGCGCGACUCAUCAGCGAGACGUCGGUGAAGCCCUCGAAGUCAAGCGCGUCGCGCGCCACUCCGACUGUUCCGUCCAGAGUGUCGUUCAGCGACACCACGUCGCAACCAGCGGAUGCCAGCGUGGUCACCUGCUUCGCCACCUGGCUCACCGACACGUCGUUGGCGAUGAAGUCAGUCUGCGGUUCCACGAGCCCGUCGUGGCCGUCCAGGGAGAAGUGCGCCACACUCGCGUCGGCGAACACCUGCACGUCAGGGAACGCCUCCUUGACGGCGUCGAUCGCGCGCGGGAGCAGCCCGUCCGGAUUCAACCCCUCAUCGGCGAACUGGCUCCUCAAGGCCUUGUCGAUAUGGGGAUGGAUCAUGAACGACGUCAGGCCCAGGUUACGGGCCUCCUCCACUUCCUUAACGAGGUCUGCAAUGGACAGCAGCCUCAAUCCAGGGACUUCGGGGACUGA